AACCAUGAUAAUAAUAAUUAUGAAGCAAAUAGGCAUUUACUCUCGCCCUAACCUUCUAUUUACUAAUGAGAAUGGGUACUCUACGAUGAGAGUGAGGAUAAGAGUUGACUACUAUUCUCAUAGGAAUUAUUGCAUCGAUUACGAGUUCACUACUAUUUAAUAAAAUUGUUUUCUCUUAAAUAUUAUGCUCACUUAGUGUUCAAAAAUUUGCGUUGGCCUUUUGGUACUGGUUACAUUAGUGGCUCAGGCAGCCAUCACUGAUGGCGCAAGAAUACUCGCAGUCUUCGCAAAUCCAGUCAAAAGUCACUUCCAGAUGCAUCGGGCAUUGAUUAGCGAGUUAAUAAAACAUGGCCAUGAGGUCACCAUGAUAACCGCGUACACACUUGAGCCACUCAAAUUAGGCAGCAACUACACUGAGAUACUGAUCGAACCCGUAUACGAUGCCUGGAAGGCUGCUAACGAGCAUCACGGUACAAAUUCACUUUAUGAAAUGGACAUGAAGCCAGCUUUUCUUAUGAAAAUGAUGGAAGCCCAGGGCGUGGCGACCACCGAACAUGCUCUAAAGCAAGCAAAAGUACAGGCUAUAAUUAAUGCCAAACAAACCGAGGGUGUCUACGAUUUACUACUAGCGGAACAAUUUCGACAAGAUGCCUUCCUUGCCUUGGCUCACGUCUAUAAAAUACCCGUGGUCUGCUCUGCUACAUUUGCCAAGCAGCUCUAUAUGAGUCAAAUGUUCGGCCUAAUUACGCCUUGGUCGUAUGUGAGUUCGAAUUGUCUACCACUGCGCGACCGCAUGAAUUUUUGGCAAAGAAUUUAUAAUACCUAUGCCGCAAUUGAGAUGGAUUUUCAUCGUGAAUUCAGUUACUUUCCAAAAAUGGAUGCGCUGGUGGAGAAAUAUUUCGGACAUUUGCCAAGUAAGGACUUUUUAGUGUUUAAUAAGAAUGACUGUGAAAUUACUUACUGUUAUGUAAUUGUGGUCAGCAUUAGCCAUAAAUUAUAUUACUAUAAACUUACAUACAGAUUUAGUGUAUUUUUAUCUAAUCUGCACUACUUUUUCACAGUUCAAUUCCCCAGUGUUUCAGCUAUGCAGAGGAAUCUCUCGGCCAUGUUCAUCAACAACUACACACCUUUGGCAGCGGCUACACCGACUAUCGACAGCAUCGUUAAUGUCGGUGGCAUACAUAUCUAUCCACCAAAGCCACUUCCUGCCGACUUGCAGAAAUUCUUAGAUGAGGCCAAGGAUGGCGCCAUUUACUUCAGCUUUGGCACACAAGUACAGGCCAAGGACAUGCCGCUAGAAAAGUUGCACUUAUUCCUAGACGUCUUUCGGCAGCUAAAACAACGCGUCUUGUGGAAAUUCGAAAACGACAGCAUACCAAAUUUACCCGCCAAUGUUUUAAUUAAAAAGUGGCUGCCACAAAAUGAUAUCUUAGCUCACCCUAAUGUGCGUGUCUUUAUCACUCACGGUGGGCUCUUUGGCACACAAGAAGCCGUUUAUCAUGGCGUACCGGUGUUAGGGAUGCCGUUCUUCUUCGAUCAGGUGAAUAUGUUGUUAAAUUAAAAAUGCUCCGAAUUAAAUACUACAUAAAUUUUGAUUUGUG